AUGGCCAUUUUCAACCGCUCAAAGCCGGAUUCACAGCUGACGAUGACUGACCACGAUGAAGACAAUGACGAAGAAUAUGCACAGAAAGGCCUUGUCGCACCACGUUAUAUGGGCACCAGGGCCGAUCAACGCGAUAUGAAUGCUCUCGGUCGAGUGCAAGUCUUGCGAAGGAACUUUCGUUUCAUUUCAAUUGUUGGUUUCGGAUGUACCUUGAUCUGCACAUGGGAGGUGAUUUUAACAUUGUUAUCGGCUGGCUUGACCGAUGGCGGUACAGCGGGUUUGAUAUGGGGAUUUGUUGGCGUCUCUCUUGGCUUUACUCUGGUGUAUGCCAGUAUAGCUGAGAUGGCUUCCAUGGCCCCCACUGCCGGGGGACAAUACCACUGGGUUUCUGAAUUUGCACCGAAAUGGGGACAGAAGUUCCUCAGUUAUAUCACUGGCUGGCUAUCUGCCAUGGGGUGGCAAUGUGCCAUUGUAUCGAUCGCCUACCUCGCCGGCACUAUCGUCCAAGGUCUGAUUGUAUUAAACCAACCAGACUACGACUUCCAAAGAUGGCAUGGAACAAUGCUUGUGAUAGCCAUCUCGACAUUUUCAAUUCUAUUCAACACAUUCUUAGCCAAGAACCUACCCUUUGUGGAAGGACUCAUCCUGAUAAUUCAUGUUGUCGGCCUGUUCGCUAUCAUCAUCCCGUUGUGGGUUCUCGCACCACGGAACAAUGCUCGUGCAGUCUUCACCACGUUCAAUAACGGGGGUGGCUGGGAUAAUUCGGGCACGGCUACGCUCGUCGGCUUAUCAACUACCAUCACGUCGAUGCUAGGCUAUGACUGCGCGGUGCAUAUGUCUGAGGAAAUCAAAGACGCAUCAGAGACUUUGCCCAAGGCUAUGAUGACUUCUGUUGCCGUUAACGGCGUGCUAGGCUUUGUCAUGUUGGUCACCUUGUGCUUUACUCUAGGCGAAGUCGACAAAGUCCUCGAUAGCCCAACUGGAUUCCCAUUCAUCCAGAUCUUCUACAACACAACUGGCAGUUUAGCCGCUACCAACGCGAUGACGGUCGUACUAGUGGUUACACUGACAGCCAGCACAAUCACCGAAGUAGCGACCGCAUCCCGACAACUUUGGUCGUUUGCUCGUGACGAGGGUCUGCCAUUUUCGUCAUUCUUCGCAUAUGUCACACCGGGCUGGAAUAUCCCUCUCAACUCGGUGAUGGUCUCACUAAUAGUAACGAUCCUCCUCUCAAUGAUCAACAUCGGAUCCCAGGUCGCCCUCAAUGCGGUCAUAUCACUGACCAUAACGUCAUUGCUGUCGGCGUAUAUCGUCUCUAUUGGCUGUGUGCUGCUCAAACGACUUCGCGGAGAAUCACUUCCGAAGCAUCGGUGGACACUGGGGAAAUUCGGUGUGGCGGUCAAUCUAGGGGCUCUGGCGUUUUUGUGCCCGAUGUUUGUUUUUGCGUUCUUCCCCCUCACCACUGAUGUGACGGCAGAGACGAUGAACUGGAGUGUGUUGAUGUAUGCUGGCGUCAUUGGAUCGGCGUCUGUUUACUAUUGGGUUAGGGGGAGACAUCAUUUUAUUCCGCCUGUGGCUUUGGUCAAGAGGGCUGAAGAUCUUUAA